CGGGCGGGAGCGGCGGAGCGCGGCGGCGGCAGAGCGGCGGAACCGGCGGCAUGGAGCGGGCUCAGAGAGUCUUCGCGGGACCCAAGGUAGAGCUUCACGUCCACCUGGAUGGAGCCAUUAGACCAGAGACCAUCUUGUACUUYGGCAAGAAAAGAGGCAUCCCUCUCCCUGGGAAUACUGUUGAGGAGCUCCUGAAGUAUAUCAGCUAUGACACACCCCUAUCACUUCCCCAGUUUCUGGAGAAAUUUAAUUACUACAUGCCUGCCAUUGCGGGUGACCGUGAGGCGGUGAAGAGGAUUGCCUACGAGUUUGUGGAAACCAAAGCGAAGGAARGAAUGGCCUACGUGGAGGUCCGGUACAGCCCUCACCUCCUGGCCAACUCUGGUGUGGACCCCAUCCCCUGGGGACAGGCUGAGGGGGACCUCACUCCGGACGAAGUCGUUCACCUCGUAAAUCAGGGCCUGCAGGAUGGAGAAAGGGAUUUCCACAUCAAAGUCAGGUCUAUUCUAUGCUGCAUGCGCCAUAUGCCAAGCUGGUCCCCAGAGGUGGUGGAGCUCUGCAAGAAAUACCGAAAUGACUCUGUGGUGGCUGUCGACCUGGCUGGGGAUGAGACCCUGAAGGUGGAUAAUUACUCUGAGCAUAAGAAGGCUUAUGAGGAAGCUGAGAGAUGCGGGAUCCAUCGCACCGUCCAUGCUGGGGAGGCCGGCCCGGCUGCCAUGGUCAAGGAGGCAGUUUAUGUCCUGAAGGCCGAGCGUGUUGGCCAUGGAUACCAUGUCCUGGAAGACCCUGAGCUCUACAAGGAGCUGCUGAAAGUUAAGAUGCAUUUUGAGGUCUGCCCCUGGUCCAGUUAUCUCACGGGAGCAUGUUCUCCGGACUUCAGCAAACACCCCGUAAUACAAUUUAAGAAGGACCGCGCCAACUAUUCUCUAAACACGGAUGAUCCCCUCAUCUUUAACUCCACCAUUGACAAGGAUUAUAGCAUUGUCAAGGAGCACAUGGGCUUCACUGAAGAGGAGUUCARGAGAAUUAACAUCAACGCAGCCCAGUCCAGCUUCCUGCCCGAGAAGGAGAAGCAGGAGCUGCUCUCCAAGCUGUACGAAGCCUAUGGGAUGGCUCCCAAUGCAUCGUGACCCAUCCCUGGGAUCCAGCGUGGAGCAGAGCCCUUCUUCACUGUGCCUGAGCCUCCUCUGUGCCCGUGGCAGCACUGGGAGGAGGUGCCCAGAGUGAUCUCUGCUCCUGGCAGCCCUGUGUUAACCCUUACAGUGCUCAUCAGAAUCAKACUCUCAAUUCACCUCCCUGUACCCCACAAAUGCUCUCCUGCAUGGAUAUCCAGCUUCCUAUCCUGCUGUUGUGCAAGCAGACUGGAUCUGCCUGCUGGCCUGACUCCCUUCUCCAUCUGCUGCUGUUUCUGUACUGCAAAUGCAAACAGAAGAGCCUCCUCUGCAUUUUUCCCCACUCUUUUCCUGUUUUACCUGUCCUGUCCCACUGACCUGCCUGGCCCCUGCCUGCARUGCUGAAAUAACCCCUUUUAACUCCAACUGUGGCCUGGGUUAAUCUUCASCUUUCCAGGGAGAGGUGUGCUAGUGCUGGCAGGGAAUGAGCAGCGCUUUUAGACACAGAGCCUUUAUUCCUGUGGGGAGGAGGGUUUGGUCACAGCUAUAUUUACCCAGGGUUAGUCUUGUACUAACAAGACUGCAACAAGAACAAGGUGGAAGCUGGUGCCCCUGCCUGUGCACGGGUCUGAAGGGCAUUUAAAAUACAAYUUUUUUGGCAUCCUUUCUUGGGUAAGAACUCCCRUGUMUCAGGCCUGCCAGUGUCACUGCUGYAGAAGUGCACACCUUGGGCUCAGGCCAUGGCCUGCUCGCACAUGCAUAGGAAGUUGGAACAUAAUUUUACUAUUUUGGGCCAAAAUCUGCCUUCUGGGAUCUUUCCUGGUUUUGUACUCAUCUUGGAGAACUCCUGUGAACUGCAGUUUGAUCUUCCUCUUACCUUUGUUUAGGACUUGGAAAAGAACAUUAUUGAUUGCCUGCUKUAACAAUUUUGCUCUCUUUCUGAUUUGACACAAUCAUUAAGCACUCCUAAGGCAGAAUAAAUAAAAUAACUAGGGCUCAAUGUCCCACGUUGACUCAGGUCCCAUCUGAUUGCUUCUGUCACUCCAUCACAACAGUGGCUAGAAGUCAGAUCUUCAGUUUGGUGGAGAAUUUAUACAGAAAAACUCACCAAAAAUUCCCACGU